AUGGAGGAAGCCGAUACUGAUCAAAGCAAAGGCAGCGGCACAUCGAGCCUUCAUCUUGGCGGACGCUCCAUCAGAGCUCGGCCAAGGGUAUCUUACGUUGAGCAGUUCCCCGAUGACCCGUCGGAUCUCACAGCUGAAGACGAAUCCGAAUCCGAUGUUUACGUGUCCUCCGCAACGGAUGAAGAGAGCGAAGCCGACAUUGAGCUUGUCUCUUCCGAAGACGAAGACAAAGUAUCAGCCAUAAGCGACCCUGGGUCGCUAGACAUCAUGCUGGACGAAGAGAGCAUCGCUGUUGAAGAUGACAACCCCAAACCGAAACCACGCAGACAGCACAAGCCUGGCGAAUCUACUCGAGCCGACAAGGGCAUUGACCUAAGCCUUCCGCCGCUUUUCAAGCAUUCAGGAAUGGUUGCCACAAUGUGUUCUGGCACAGAAUCUCCUUUGCUUGCGCUUGAUGAGAUCUCGAAAGCCUUGGUGGCAACAGGACGUACUCCGAUGCAAAUUCAGCAAGAGUUCUCUGCCGAAAUCGAAGUAUUCAAGCAGGGCUACAUAGAGAGAAACUUCGCCCCAAAACGGUUGUUCAGAGAUGUCCGUGACUUCAUUCGCGAGUCCGCCACCACGGCAGUGACAGCAUAUGGCGCAGAAUUGGAUAUCCCCACAGAUGUGGACAUCCUUAUUGCGGGCUCCGUCUACAAAGAUCUUUCUAGGUUGAACACCAGGGGAAAGACAUUGGAUGAUGGUGGCGAGUCAGGCGACACAUUCCAGGGAAUGUAUGCAUAUACGGAUCGCUUCCGCCCAAGCAUAGUGUUGCUUGAGAACGUCAAGAACGAGAAGAAGACGUGGGAUGACGUUAUGCGCAGAUUUGACAGAAUCGGAUACGAAGCCCAGUGGAUUUAUUGCGACACGAAAAACUACUACCUACCUCAAACGAGAGAGCGCAUGUAUAUGAUUGCGAUCGAACGUACUCUUUUCGGCAAAGGUGUCAAGAGCGCGACAAGCCAGUGGAAAGACUUGAUGCGAAAUCUGGAGAGACAGUGCAGUAGUCCAUUACGAAACGAUCACAUUCGCUCCGAGAAGAGGCUGGGAAUACUAAGCCCCAUCAGCCGACGCAGCGAUAACGGCACCGUUCUACCCCCUGAUUUCGCCGACAGGAAGUCUUACAUCUCGCAGUCCUCAAGAGUACACGAUGCGAUAGACAUUGCUCAUCUGGAAGCUGCAGCGAAAGGUUACGAUUCUCUUUACAAGAUGGCGUUGUGGGACGUCAGCCAGAACGUGGAUCGGUUCAAAGCAGAUUUGGGAAUCGCGCCGUGUAUUACCCCAGGUGGACAAGAUUUUGCGAGCAACCGGCAACACGCCCUCAACGGUAGCCAGCUUUUGAUGCUUCAGGGCAUGCCUCUUGAUAGGUUGCUGUUCGCCAACGAAACCCAAAAGGACUUGCAGAAUCUUGCCGGCAAUGCCAUGUCCACGACGGUGAUCGGGGCCUCUCUUAUCUCUGCUCUCAUUGUUGGAUGCAAAGCCUUCCGCCCCUAUCAGGCAAAGUCAGGUGGCAAAACAUUAUCUGCUCCACCUGACAGUAACAUGAUCACAGAGCCUAGCAUGCUGAAGCGUACUUUCCUUCAGCCUAGCACUUACGAGGAUCUCAACCUUGUCAAGCUCCAGCAAGAAGCCAAGUCGAGUGCGCGUAUGUGUAAUUGCGAAGGCAAACAGGCCAUAAGCAAGUCCGCAAUUCAGAUCUGCUCAGCGUGCGGACACUUAGCCUGCUCAUCAUGCGCGGGUAACCCCAAGCACGUCUACAGGACAAUCGUACCAACCAGUCACCGGAUAACGCCACCCGACGAACUCAUCAGGCGAUGGAGGCAACUUAUGCCUUCACGGUUGAAGUUCGACGUUUUUCCUGACAUCAGUCAUCUGGCUUCCAAGCUAGGCGCGAAGGACCCAAUACUAGAUGGGUAUCUGGCUACUGUUUCGGAAGCGCAGCUGGGCUCUCAGUAUUUCUGCAUGGGCGGAUUCUCCCGAGACUACAACCAGUGGAAGAUCACCUACAGCUCGCACCAGGCUACAGUUGAGCUAGUGGUGGGUGACCAUAUACAGUGGUCCUUAUUUGUCAAAUGUCCAACACAUCUUCCUGGCAACAGUACCUUGCGGAAAUUCCUCAGUAAUCCGAUCGCGCAAGCUACCGUUGCAGAUACACUUCUCAACGUUGAAUGGAGAGUGCGCAUACCCUCUACCAAGGAUCUUGUCGUUGAUGUGAGCGGCUCAUUCGAGAAGAUUAGCUCAUGCAGGAGCAGACUUGGCCUCUCGGACUACAAAGAAGAAACCGUGCCAAAGAGAAUCAAGAUUAAAAGCGACAGUCUGACGGCCACUGUCGGCGAUUAUGAGCACCUACCACAUUGCGGGACUGCUUUUACAAGUUUAUACAAGCGAUCAAUGGCAGUGCACGACAUGUACAUGUUUCUAGAUCCCGACCCCAUUGGCUGGCCAGAGCACGACAGCUUCGUGUUCAGUCGCGACCAUACCCGGAAACACUAUGGUGAGAGCCGUAGUUCCCUUGCUCGCGUACAUCCAUCUUGGCGACCAUGGCAUAUGGAGGACGGGCGUGUACACGCCAUCACAACCACAGUUGUUGACGUUUGGGCUCCUGCUGCGAUGACACUAGUACCAGCGGCUGUAUCUUUGCACGCGGACUUUCUUGAGGAAGGACGUCUGGUUGACAGUGUUAUGCCAGAUUGCUCACAAACGCUUACCUGCUUAGACGUCUUUCUCCACGAUGAACUCUCCGUCCAAACUUUCGCAGACUACUCGUGGGCAUUGAAGAGUGCCAAAACGCUGCCGCAAUGCCUAUCCUGGCAAGUAGUGCACUUGGACUGGCAGAGCGAGUGCUCUUGCGCGCCAAUCUAUCCAGAGAUACUUUGGAGCGUGGAAAACGGUGUAGCGACGGCACACGAGGAUCGUCGAGCCGCUGCCACAUUCGAACGUGCCAUCAAGCAACGCCCUACCAUAGUCCAACUAGAGGCUUCAAGUGAUGCAUCAGGAACACGAAUUCGGGUUUGGGUUGGAGAGCAGAAGCUCAGGUCAAGACAGAAGAUCGUUCGGGGUGGUGUGUUGGCCGAUCAACCUUCGUUCGGCAAGACUGUUGCAAGUAUAGGACUAAUCCAGAGUAAACUCCAUCAGGUCACACCCGAGGAACUCAUCAAGCGCAACCAGCCCUUGGCAGCUAAACAACCCCGACGUUUAGACUCUGCUGCAACAUUAGUCGUUUGUCCUCCACAUAUUACUCAUCAAUGGAGCACAGAGCUCCAAGAAUUCCUAGGUUCAGAGGAAUUCGACAACUACAACGUCCUUAUCAUAGAGAACUACAGUCAGCUGAAGAGUCUUACCAUCGAAGAUUUCCUACAAAGCAGGAUUGUCAUCGUUUCUUGGACGCUAUUCUCUGAGGAAGGUUACAUUUCGGAACUGGCAAAAUUCACGGCCUUGCCUGAGCCUCUCAAGACCAGUCGCCGUGCAUUCAGUUGCUGGCUGGCUAAAGCAGUCAGCGAGAUCCCAAGUCAGUUGGCAGUGUACCAGCGUCAUGACUAUAAGCAUUUCAAACGGCUGACGGAGCAACUCCUGGACGAGCGGCUACUGAAGCCUGAAUUCCAAGUGACACUACCUGUUAAGAUUCUCCAUGGUGCUGCGUAUGAGUCGUUCAGCACUCAGCUGCCGUCAAGACCUUCAAAACGAGUCAAGACGAAAGCCAACUCUGAAGCAGAUAGCUCGUCAAACUUGGCGCCACUGUUGCAUCUCUUUCAGUUCAACCGGAUCAUCGUCGAUGAGUACCAUUACCUUAACGACAACAACAAGAUUGGGAGUAACUUUGUGGCCACGAGUAUCAAGAAGAUAGCUGCACACAAACGCUGGUGCCUCUCGGGAACACCAGCCUUGGCCAACUUCUCUGAUGUCAAUCAAUUGGCGUCCUUUCUUGAUGUUGAGAGCUUCUUGUCGCAAACCGAAGUCAUGUCACGACAGUGGCAUGAAGGCAGGCAUCAACGCGCACAAGAGUUUCUCGAUAACUUCGUGAGACAGAAUGAAGCCGAGCUCCGCCAUAUCCAAUGCUCAGAAAAGCUCUUGUCGGUAGAUCUAGAUGUCGCUCACCACGCGCUCUAUCUGGAGCUUUCGCAAUACCUCAUCUCCCAAAAGAUGCAAAUCAAGAAGCUCAACAAGAAGUCAGGCUCAGACAGGAGCAGCAGGUUGAAUGACAGCCUAGAGGGCUCUGCAAGUGCUGAAGAAGCGCUGCUAAGGUGUGCGUUGAUCUUUGAGACCGAAGAGGGCAGGUCAGCGCUCGAAGUCUUGAUUGAGAAGCGCUCGCGUCAGCUCCGCAGCACUGAGAAAGAACUGUUGAGACUGCUAUCUGAGUUCGAGGGCUCAAUGGAACAGAUUUCAAACACCGAAUCGGGCAUCAAGGAGCUGUAUGGUCAUUACAAGAAGGACGUCUCGCAAUACAAUUGGCUUGGAGAUGAUGAAUCCAGCCAACGUGUUCGCGCGAUGUUGAAAACAGCCCAGAAGACGCCAAGGAGAGAUACUACUGCUCUUGAAGAGACAUCGAAGGUUCAACGCGAGCGAAUGAUUAAACAGCAGCUCUCGCAACUCCGCGACAUUUCUCUUGAACUCGCGCAUAGGACAAGAUCGAAACGAUUUGUCGUAUCUAUCCGCGAUCAUCUACAACUUGCAGCUCUUGACAAGAUUCAGCCUCUUCGCUGCAGUUCUCCUAGUUGCAAAGGCACUGUCGACCUUCGACUGCUCUUCUCUAUACCACACUGCGGACAUACUGCAUGCAAAGAGUGUCUUGAACUACGGACUGAUGACGAGACCUGCGUUCAUCCUGGCUGCAACUCUCAUGCGAGCGAGGGUAACCUGAUCCGAAUGGCCGAUCUUGGUUCGAACGAAGGUCAGGAUACUGUGCAAGGCUUUGGCAACAAACUUGAGACCGUGGUUCAAAUCAAUCACCGAAUGCCGGCUUCCGACCAGGGCAUAGUCUUUGCGCCGAACGAAGAGAUUAUUAGCAUUCUCGAAACUGUGUUUGAUCAUUACGACAUUUCGUACCAUUCGCCAGGUCGAGGUCGACACACUGCUUCAGCUAAGCCCAUGGAGGAGUUUAAAACAAACAAAGAUCCAAAGACAAGAAAGACGCUUAUCAUACUCAAUCUUGGGAGUGAAUCUGCAGCUGGCGUCAAUCUUACAAUCGCCAACCACGUCGUCUUUGUGUCACCCUUCCUAGCAAAGACACAAUAUGAUUACGAUUCCGCUAUGGCACAGGCGAUCGCCCGAAGUCGCCGUUAUGGCCAGAAAAAGAAAGUGUACAUUUACCAUGUGGUUGCGCUACGAACGAUUGAUGUUGAUAUCCUUGAGCAUCGCCUCAGACGGAGUGAUGCCCUCACUGCUACUGAUUCUACGGCCAAGUCAUUAAAAUCAUUAACUACGAAGAAAGAAAAAACACGACUCGCCAGGAAUAACAAGAGCGAGAUCAUGCUAAUACCGCAUACGUGGUUAGCUGACAAGGCCAAGCGAGAGAUCCUGGGUAUUGAGGAGUCACCGGAUAGGCUCACCUCCCUGAUCAACUUCUCUGAGACAUUUGAGCAGGAAGACGACGAGUCCUAAGGCAGGCAUACAGCAGGCUUGUCGACUGCGAUUCACCUU